GGACCCCGCGUGAAAAAGCAGAGUUCGUCAUGGAUUCGAUAUCAAGACGACGGUCCCGCUCUGGAUCCAAAAGUCCGAGUCGGGACCGACGAUAUCAAUCCAGAACAAGCAGGUCGCGGUCUUUAGAGAGAAGGGCGCAUCGUGAACUUCCGGACACAAAACGAGCCACUCGGGGCCGCGAGCGAGCCUCCAAUCGUUCCGACAGCAGCUCCCCGGACAAGCGGCGGCCUCAGCAUCAACAUCGCGGCCGUUCUACUUCCAGAAGUGGCUCCGAGAGUGGAAGCAGGCGGAGAUUACUGCGUGUCAGGAGCAAGUCCAAGAGCAAGUCGCCAAGUUCUGAUUCAGAUCAUAAAGAGAGCGGGAGAACACCAGGCAUGCAGAGCCGGAGAGGAACAUCUCCAGAGAGGAGGAAGGGAAGGUCUUCCUCUUCUUCACACUCUCGGGAUGGAAGCUGUGACAGAGAGAGAAGACGACGCCAACGAAGCCUCAGCCGAGGGAGUCCAAACAGGGACAGGCAGAGACCGAGGGAGCGGGACAGACCGAGAGAAAGACAAUCGGAGAGAGACAAUCGGAGAAAUAGCCAAGACCGAGAGCGCGGGAGGAGCGACAGAGGCCGAGACAGAGAGAGACCUCCGUCCAGUUCUGCGGACUCCUCCGACAGCUCGGACGACGGCGGGGGCCGGGCGGUCAGGGAGAAGGACGACAAGAAAAAACAGAAGGAGAUGCUGAAGGCUCUGGAAACGCCAGAAGAGAAGAGGGCCAGGAGGCUGACGAAGAAAGAGACGAAGGAGAAGAAGAGGAGAGAAAAGAUGGGCUGGAGUGAAGAGUACAUGGGCUACACCAAUGCAGACAACCCUUUUGGGGACAACAACUUACUGGGCACGUUCAAGUGGCAAAAGGCUCUGGAUAAGAAAGGUAUUGGCCAUCUUGGAGAGAAGGAGCUGAAGGACAGGAACAAACGUAUACAGGAGGAGAACCGCAGAGAGCUGCAGAAGGUGAAACAGCUGCGUCUGGAGCGCGAGCGAGAGAAGGCCAUGAGGGAGACGGAGCUGGAGAUGCUGCAGAGAGAAAAAGAGGCGGAGCAUUUUAAGACCUGGGCCGAACAGGAAGACAACUUUCAUCUUCACCAGGCCAAACUACGGUCUAAGAUUAGAAUCCGUGACGGCCGUGCAAAGCCUAUUGACCUCCUGGCAAAGUACAUCAGUGCAGAAGAUGAUGAUCUUGCAGUUGAAAUGCAUGAACCGUACACCUUCCUCAACGGGCUGACCGUCACAGACAUGGACGACCUGCUGGAGGACAUUAAGGUCUACAUGGAGUUGGAACAAGGCAAGAACGUGGACUUCUGGAGAGACAUGACCACCAUCACCGAGGACGAGAUCAGCAAGUUGAGAAAACUGGAGGCCACAGGAAAAGGACCGGGCGACCGGCGUGACGGCAUCAACACGGCGGUGAGCAGCGACGUCCAGAUCGUGUUCAAAGGGAAGACGUACAGCCAGCUGCAGGCGCUGCAUCUCAACAUCGAGAGCAAGAUUCGUGCCGGGGGAUCCAACCUGGACAUCGGUUACUGGGAGAGUCUCCUUCAGCAGGUCCGAGUCUUUAUGGCAAAAGCAAGGCUGAGAGAGCGACACCAGGAUGUGUUGCGCCAGAAGCUGUUCAAGCUGAAGCAGGAACAAGGCGUGGACAGCGAACCUUUGUUCCCCAUUAUUAAGGAGGAGCCAGCAGGCGAGGACACAGCACCGGACCAAUCAGGAGAGGCAUCAUCAGCAGAGCCCUCGUCCAGCCAAAACGUCAACAAAGGGCCGGCAGGAGAGGACGAGGGCCCGUCCACGUCCACUGCGGAGGACAAGCAGGGGGAAGAAGGCGGGGACAAGAAGGAGGAGGAGGUGGAGGCCGUGUUGACCGAAGAGGAUCUGAUCCAGCAGAGCCAGGCCGAGUACGACUCGGGCCGCUACAGUCCGCCACUGCUCACCACCUCCGACCUGCCGCUGGACACGCACACCAUCACCCCCGAGGAGGACGCCACCCGGCUGCAGUUAGCACGCCAGCAGCUGCAGGUGACAGGCGACGCCAGCGAGAGCGCCGAGGACGUCUUCGUGCGGCGGGCCAAAGAGGGAAUGGGCACCGACGAGGCCCAGUUCAGCGUGGAGAUCCCCGUGACGGGCAAGAUGUACCUGUGGGCAGACAAGUACCGGCCCAGGAAGCCCCGCUUCUUCAACAGAGUCCACACCGGCUUCGAGUGGAACAAAUACAACCAGACCCAUUACGACUUCGACAACCCGCCCCCCAAGAUCGUGCAGGGCUACAAGUUCAACAUCUUCUACCCCGACCUCAUCAACAAGCGCUCCACCCCUCAGUACUUCCUGGAACCCAGUCCCGACAACAAAGACUUUGGGAUCCUACGCUUCCACGCCGGACCGCCGUACGAGGACAUCGCUUUUAAGAUCGUGAACCGAGAGUGGGAGUACUCGCACCGACACGGUUUCCGCUGUCAGUUUGCCAACGGCAUCUUUCAGCUGUGGUUCCACUUCAAGAGGUACCGCUACAGAAGAUGAAGUCAUCCGGUCCAAAAGUCCGCUUGGUAUGGGUCCAGUCUACAGCAGCUGUACAGUUCUUACAUAAUGCAAUCGCUUCUAAAAAAAAUAUACAUACAUUAAAGAUGUCCU